AUGAUCUUCAUCAAUAUUAUUUGUAUCUUUUUACCAUUUUUAACAUUAUGGAUUUCAAAAACUGAAGCUGGAAUGGUUAAUGCUUGUAGUGAUGUUAAAAAUUGUUCAGAAUGUACUAAUGCAUAUGUUCAUAUUUUUAGUUUUAAAGAAUAUUGCAGGUGGUGUAUUGAUACAAAAAAAUGUGGAACAUCAUUAUCGUGUCCGGCAACCUCACCAUAUGCAAUGAGAGAUUCAUUUAAAUGUCCAAUUCAGGCACCAACAGCAAAAGGUAAACGUUAUACAGAUAAAUUGGGAAGAUCAUUAUAUUCUCUUGUUCUUGCUACAAAAACUGAUAAACCAGAGAAGUGUCUUAAAAAUUCAAGACCAGAUGUUAAAAUUUCUAAAUAUUUUGAAGUUGAAUGUGAUCAAUCUAAAAAUAAUUGUAUUGGUAUGACUGCUGUAUCUAAAGAAGCUAAAUCACUUUAUAUUAUUUAUAAAGGUUCAGGUUUUGAUAAACAAUUAUUACAAGAAUUUAUUCAUGCAAUUGCUUCACAAUUUGGUGCAUGGGAAAAAUUUGUUAAUAAUACAGGUGUCAUGACAUAUUUUCAUUCUGCUUUCCAAAAACUUUUUAUUGAAGGUGGUAUGUUGAAAGAUAUACAAAGUCUUAUUAAACAAUACCCAACAUAUAAAUUAUGGAUUUCUGGAAAAGGAUUAGGUGGAAGUCUUGCAUCAAUGACUGCAUUAUAUGUUGCAAAUAAGACAAUUAUUAAUAAUGAUAAAAUAAAAUUAGUUACAUUUGGUGAACCAAGAACUGGAAAUUAUUUAUAUUCAAAAUCAAUUGAAAAAUCAAUAUCAUUUAGGUAUCGUAUUAUACAUAGAAAUGAUAUUGUUACUAAUAUUCCAAAUUCUAUUGAUCCUGAUGGUGCCAUUCUUACAACUGCUGGUUUAGCUCAACAACCACACUUUUAUAGAUAUGCUGUUCAUUAUAAUAAUAAAAUGGAGAGAGAUGAUGACUUUGACAUUUGUAGUACACCUGAAGAUCAUAAAUGUAGAAAUUUAGCAGCAGCAAUUGACAUUAAUGAUCAUUUCAACUAUUUUGGUAUUAAAGAAGAAGACUAUGUAAAGUCAAAUUGUAAAAAAGAUAUUCUUUUAUAA